UCUCUUACACUUCUUCUCCUUAACUAAAGGAAGUGUAAGUUUGCACGCGAUCGUACCUUCUGGUCUGGGACACGGUACUUACAUAAGUCUGUGAGAAACUUAUCAUCAGUAUGCCUGAAUGUGAGAAAAUGCAACGUUUAGCAGCGCCACACUUAUUCUAUGUAGUUGUGGACACCGAUUGCAUUAUACACGCCUCGUGGAAAAAAUGGACUUAUGCAUGUACAAGAAGAUGGUACGGUACCGUGAUUAUAUGAUGAUUGUUUAAUAUCAAAUAUUCCUUUUCUCUCCUUGCCCUUUUGUAGAUUGCCUAAUUACUGAGAAUAGUCCUUUAUCUCUUACUAGCAGUCUGUAAUUAUGGUCAAGCUCAUAAUUCUUAAUCCUUGGACAGUCACACAGGGCAGAUUCUAGGGCAAACUUGAGUCAACAUUAAGGGGCCCAAAAAAUUAGUUUUUAAAUUAUUGCAAUUUAUAGUUUUAUUAAAUUUUUUAAUACAUUCGUUAUCACGUGCUAGAUCGAUGCCAAAUGUCCGAUCACGCGAUAUCACGUGUUUUAUCGUUAAUUCUUGAACAUUGUGGCACACAGCGACCGACCCACUUCUCAUACCCUGUCGGUGAACAUGCUGACUCAAUUUAAUUAAUAAGAUGACAGUAGUAAAUCAUAUUUCUCAAAUUGUAACAUCAAGUCCAAUCAUCCAUAGAUUUCUAUGCAUUAUGGGAAACUGGGACAAGCUUGCCCCGAAUGUCCGAUUAUUUUCCAUAAAAGGUAGAACAAUGAAGCUAAUCUGAAUAAGGAGUUGCAGUGCAAUUGACAUUGAUUACCACCUAUUCCUGUCAGUAUCUUCGAUUACCACGGUGAAAGUUAACACGUGAUGCAUUCUCAAGGUUAUCCAUGAAGAAGCAACAAGAUGCAGAUUAUCAUUUCAAUUUGAAAUUUGAGUAUUACCGUUUGACGCGGGGAAUGACCCUACGAGGCUAUCUCUAAUUAAAUCAAACUUUCUACCUUACAAAAUUAAUUAUAUUUAAAAUUUUUUUUUAAUUCCUCUCAUUUUUCUCUUGUGAUACGGAUCAUCAUUGACCCCCAUGACGACGUUCAACACGUUUAAUCAAAUGUGUAAAAGUGAACUGAGAAAUUGUUUUCAAAUUUGCGUUGAAGAAAUAUAAGCAUGCAAGGUUCCGGUAAAACUGAAAUAAUUAUAAAUCAGAGUUGUUAAAUCAAUUUGUGACUAAGGUCACAAGUAAAGAAGAGUCUAGAUGAGUCCUUGUAACUUAGGGUGGGAUGAGUUUCUGUCAUGGUGGGGACUAUUUCUAUAUAAUCGUCAGCGAGGUGCCCGUCUCUCCAUAAUCCUAUCAGUGACCACGUUUCUUUAAACGGCGACCUCUUCGUUCACCUCGGUGUUUAUUAAGAGAAAGGCGAAAGAAACAAGUGAGACAAGAUGAUUUUGGUGCCUCUGGCCGUGGUAUUGUUCACGGCAUUCGUAAACGCUCAGCCAGCAAUAAAUGAAAUUCGGCCGCAAUCUAAUCGACCAGGAAGAUUCCUUUCUCUUCCUAUACCGCAGAAAUGUGCAAAUCGACCAAAGGAAUUCAACUAUAGAGGUCACCAUUAUUUCUACAGUGGACAUGUUCCAGCCCAUGCUAAUCAGAGGGUGGAUUGGUUAGAUGCAAGAAACAUUUGCAGAGAAUACUGUAUGGAUCUUAUAUCACUGGAGACCCAGGAUGAGAACAACUUAAUUUUCAGACUUAUUCAACAAAAUGAUGUUCCUUACAUUUGGACAUCCGGCCGGCUGUGCGAUUUCAAAGGUUGUGAAAAUCGCCGCGACCUCGAGCCCAAAGCUCUCUAUGGAUGGUUCUGGUCCGCGAACAGGAAGAAGAUGGCACCAACUCACCAGAAUCCCGAUGGUUGGAGCUUCAAUCCAUGGUCGCAAACCGGUCACAAGAAAGCCAGACAACCAGACAAUGCUGAGUUCGACAUAAAUGGCACCAACGAAUCUUGCAUGUCUGUCCUUAAUAACGUGUACAAAGAUGGAAUUAGCUGGCACGAUGUAGCCUGCUAUCAUCAGAAACCAUUCGUCUGCGAGGAUUCUGAAGAACUUUUGAAUUAUGUUGCCAGCACCAAUCCUGGCUUACGUCUCUAAAGACAUGGUAGAUAAAUAAUCUGCGUCAUCGGCACUUGUCCUAUCUGUUUCUAUUGCAGUUCAGACGAGAUGCGAGUCAAAUAAGAAAACAAGAAAACAAGAAAAAGAAAAACACUGAUCUAAAUUUGUUCCUAUUAUUUAAAUGUAAAUUGGUUCCUUAAAAUUAUUAAGUGCAGAAAAGAGAAUAAAAUUAUAUUUCUAAUAUCUAAAAAGAAAAAAAAGAACAUUAUGAGAUACCUGUAAUAAAACUAUUCAUUAAUUGGUUUUAUUGGAACGUGUCUCGUCGCUGCACUCUACCUGCACUCAUUUUUAAAAAGAAAAACAGAAUUUAAUAAUGUUUCCAACAUUUCAAUUAAAUUAGUAAUCAGCAAUGUAAACAUAUUUAUUAGUAGAGGUUUGGAAAAUAAAUUCUGUACAUUUUUUAAUAAACUUUAACUUUAGGUACUAA